AUGAACGAUCGAAUUGUAAUUCUCUGUUCUUAUGAUGGGAAGAUUAAUUACCUCGAAAAUAAUAUGCUCGUUUAUGAAGGAGGCACGACGAGAUCGUUGUUCAUAACAAAAUCGUGUACUUUCGAUGAGUUGGUUAAUGAAUUACACAAACUUACAUUAACUAACUCACGUGAGUAUCACCUCAGUGUGGUUUGCAAUUAUCCUGUUGUGGGGAACAGAACAAGUGGCAUUCAAAUAUCAAGUGACUACGAUAUGGGUCUCAUUCAUGUCUUACACGACGAGAAGCGUUCGGUCGAAUUGUUCAUUGAAAAACAUCAGAGAGAUUUGGGCAAAUCGUUGAACUACGAAGGAAUGUAUUCCCGCAUGUUGGAGGAUCCUGAAGUUGAUUCUGUAGGCUUUUUAUCUCCUCAACAAGAUGAAUGUUGGACACAAUCACAAUACAUGAGCGGUCCUUCGUUCGUGGGCACUUCGAAUGCUUUCGAUACUAACACGGGAAUUCAAGAAGAUAAUGCAAGUGUUGAAUCCGAGAAUGAUGAUGAAGAGGAGGGAUUACAAAUUAAUAGCAUGACCGUGAUAGAUCGUGAUGACGGAUAUUACCUCCAUACGAUAGUCGACAUUGGACACCAUACAAAGAGUGUUUUCGUCCACCAUACGAUAGUCGACAUUGGACACAAGAUGGGCCACGGAUAUUACCUCCAUUGUAUAAAAGAUCGGCGGGGCGCCCUCAUUCCGUGCGUAUUAGAAAUAGUAUGGAUGACGGACGUGAAGGAGCUAGGAGGAGAAAUAAGUGCAGUAGAUGUGAUCAACCGGGUCACAACAAAAAUAGGUGUCCAUUUACACUCGUUAUUUGUAAUACGUGUUAUGUAUGAUACUGUGUUCAUUGCACUCUGUAUAUAUGCUCAUAUUUUAAUCACAGGUCUAUUCAUUAUGGAUCCGGGACCGGAGAAUCCCGACGUUUUGUACCUUCAGGCGAGUCAUUGUUCAGACCAUAUUGGUUCGGGAGAGCCCGUACCAGAGUUCACGAUGAUCGAGCAUUCCCAUAGUCAUUCGGCAUGGGUCAUAGAGGAUGAGAGGGUACUAGCUUUGAUCGCUCAGGCCGGUUUUCGACCGUGUUCGACGAUUCGUUAUAUCAGGCUUGAUUGGCCGCUUAUCACUGCUUUGAUUGAGAGGUGGAGGCCAGAGACCAACACCUUUCACAUGCAUAUAGGGGAGUGCACCAUCACUUUACAGGACGUGGCCGUCAUACUUGGGCUCCGGAUUGAUGGACCGGUAGUUACGGGCACCGACGAUCAUAGUUGGCCGGAGGUAUGUGGCCGGCUACUUGGACAGGUUCCCGACUUGAGGAGUGGUGCGAUGAAGCUAUCGUGGCUUCGUCAGACAUUUCAGGGCGACAUACCAGAGGAUGCCUCUGAUGAGACGCUCCAGUUUCAUGCUCGUGCAUACAUAUUGCACAUGAUAGGGUGCGUACUAUUUCCUGAUGCGAGCAAGACUCUCGUACAUGCACGAUGGCUGCCACUGCUGGAGGAUUUUGGUGUAUGCGGGGCACUAUCGUGGGGCAGUGCGGUGUUGGCAUAUUUGUAUCGAGAAUUGAGUAGAGUAUCUCUGAUGCAGAAUAAAGAAUUCAAGGGAUGCUGUACGUUGAUACAGAUUUGGUCAUGGGAGCGCAUUCAUAUUGGACGACCCACUUUACUUAUGCACCGUGACUUAGAGGGGCAGUAUCCGUUGGCAUACAGGUAUAACGUGCGAUACGCUCAGUACAAAUCAGCGACGCGUCACCGUCAGUUUUACCGAAAUGAGCUUGAUGGCCUCCAGCAUGAACAGUUCAAGUGGAGACCCUAUACACCGCCGGAGCUCGAUAUACAUUCUCUUGCACCUAUCUGCCGAGAUAGUCCCGGCUUGUGGAGAGCCAGAGUUCCAUUGAUCUGUUGGGAGAUCGUAGAGAUGCAUGUACCGGACCGUGUGCUACGGCAGUUUACACUCUCUCAGCAUAUUCCAGAUCCUGUCGAGCAGAUCAAUCGUCGGCGGCGCCCUACAUCGCACCGGACUGACUGGGCCGUAGUCCGUGCGGACUACAUAGGCAGGUGGGUUCAGAGGUGGGAUUGCAUACAGGAUACGAGGCCCACAGCUGUUGACUAUACCACGUAUAUGCGUUGGUAUUGGGGUAUCACACGUAGAUGGAUCACGCGUGACCCACAGCCUUUAGCUGGACACAUGCCACGCCCACCGACAGAUAGUUACAUCCCUAGUGGGAUGAACGAGAGAGAUUACGUCCGUGUUUUAGAUAGCAUUGAUGCUGAUAUUGAUGCGCACGUGACUGAGAUUCAGGAUCAGGUGGCGUUAGGUCUCCUCAGCAGGAUCAAGAAGAGCAUAGCGCAGGUGUUCCAUAAGACUCACGUCGACGAGUUCGCAGGCCGUGAGGACAGGUCUCGCUCAUUUGGACGGGCGUACGCUCGACGUCGACGGCCGCGUGAUGAUGACGCCGGCACUUCGCAUGCCGAUGGAGCCGGCACUUCGCCAAGCUUCAUACACAGCACCGAGAUACUAGAUAGUUGCGCUCAUCAGCAGAACCCAGGCGGGCGGGGAAGAGCGAGGAGGAGGGACGAGAGGGAGAGGAAGGAGGCGGAGCGUGAUGAUUGCGGUGUGUAUAUCAAUGUACUUAUUGAUAAAUUGCUAACUUCGCUGAAUUUUUAA